GUUACUCUGUAAAUGUAUCAAAUGUCAACCUGUGCACAUGUUUGUUCAUUUGAAGGCUGUGAAAAGACGUUUUCAAGGAAAGAUAGAUUAAUUAUUCAUUUGAGAACACACACAGGAGAGAGACCUUACCUUUGUGAAUGUGGUAAAAGUUAUGCCAGAUCAACUCACCUGACCAGACACAAGGAAACUGUCCAUGGAUCCACAGUGGUUCAGUCUUUGUUGUGUGAGGAAGAAGGGUGUAACCAGACAUUCUCAUCAAAGCAAGCUCUGAAUAAACAUAUAAAAAGGAGGCAUGAACAGAAACUGUAUGAGUGUACAUUUAAAGGCUGUACCAGAUAUUUCCACAAACAUCAACACCUGACUAUACACGAGUAUGAACAUACAGAUGUCAAACCAUUUAAAUGUAUUUUUAAAGAUUGUGAGAAAAGAUUUUUGUUACCAAGUAAGCUGAAACAACACAUAAAAGUUCAUUCAGGAUAUCAAUGUAACCAUGAUGGAUGUAAAGAAGUAUUUGACACGUGGACUCAACUCAGACAACACCGAUAUCUACACCACCCUACAUUGCACAUAUGUACAGAAUGUGACAAGACAUUCACACAGAAGAAUGCUUUACAUCAACACAUGAAAAGUCAUUGUGAAGAGAGAGAAGUGUACACAUGUCCUAGACCUAACUGUGGUAGAACUUAUCUAGAACAGAAGAAUCUGACAGCUCACAUUAAAUCUUAUCAUGAAGGACACAGAUUCUCUUGUCAAUAUGAAGGCUGUGAUAGGAACUUCUCAACAAAACAAAAAUGUCAGAAACAUACUCUCUUACACCAAAUGAAAGGCACACCUCCUAAGAAGAAAAGUAGAAAAGGAGUAAAAAAGAAAAGCUGUGCUGCAUUAGUAACUGGAAUCAAUCCUAAACUAAUUAAAUGUGAAUCAACUGAAGAUCGUAUUUGUUUAUCAGAAUCAGAGAGUGCUCAUGAUGAAAAGCAGAAUCUGAAACAGGCAGGUCAUGUGACAGGAAGUGUGCAAUAUUUGACAGAAUCACAUCUAUGUAUUUCUGAGGCUGGAGUUCAUGAAAAACAUUUGCCAAGAAGAAAGUAUUUAAAAUUCAGUCAAAACAAUAAAGGACUAAAUAUUAUCAAUAUUGAUAUUUUGAACAAACAUACAGAAGAUGAACUUAUUGAAAAAGGUGUUGAAGUUAGCAAUAAAAAUACAAACUGUACCAAACAGGUUGAUGUAAGUGCUGAAAAAGUUUAUAAUAUCCCAGUGAUAGCCAGUAGUGAUCAUACAGAAUUGUUUGGGGAUUCACAGAUGAAUUCUGGAUUGUGUAUAGGGGAAAAUUGUUCCAAUAACACUGAUGAUUCACAUUAUGAUUUGUACCAAAGAAGUGUAUGUUCAUGAAUUAUUCUUGAUGAAUAAAAUACAAGCUUUA